AUGACAUUUCUAGCCAUCUUCAACUGCAUUCCAAUCAGUGGGUUCUGGACCGGCCAGGGAAAAUGCAUCUCAUUUAGGAAGUUUGCCAUCGGAUAUGCCAUUGUGAACAUCAUCACCGACUUGGCAGUGUGGCCCAUGCCGAUCCCGAACAUGUGGAAGCUGCAGCUCCCAACCACACAGAAGAUUACUCUGACGCUUAUCUUCGUGCUUGGCCUUAUUGAUUGCAGGGCGGCCCUCGUGCGACUCUUUUCAUCCCUGCUCUUCCUCGGGAACUGCGAUGUAACAUUUUACUAUGCGCGCGGAUUCAUGUGGUCCAUUAUCGAAGCUUCUCUCGGCAUUAUCUGCACCUUUCUUCCGACCAUGCGCGUGAUUCUAAAGAUUGUCCUCAGUCGAAGUCUCGCUCGAGGGUUGGGAUUUUCGAGUUUGACUCCGAGACCCCACCGUUUAAGCAAAAGAGGUUGGGUGCGGCCAUCUCAAUACAAUGAGAUCUCGGGGCCAUGGAGGGUGCAGCCUGGCGCUGGGACCCAAAAUCAUAGCGAUGUGACCACAGGGGUCAAACGAGAGGAUGGUGCUAGCACAGCACGAGAGAUUCGAGUUUUGGAAGAGAUCAAGAUUGAGUUUCAGCAUAUUAAAGCACCCUCGCCUGCAGCGUUAUGA